AUGUCCACAUCAUCCGGCACACCCGAGACCUGGAUCGCGUCGUUCUGCUCACUAUUGGGCCACGAGUACUUUGCCGAGGUCUCAGAGGACUUUAUCGAGGAUGACUUUAACCUAACAGGCCUGCAGUCGCAGGUGCAGCUGUACAAGGAGGCACUAGAGAUGAUCUUGGACGUCGAGCCAGAAGACGACGAGGACGACGAGGAAGAAGACGAUGACGACGAGGAAAACGAGACGGGCGAGGAACGCAUGCGGCAUACCGGCGAGCGCCGCAACCACAGCAGGAUGCCAAGCGACCUGUCGAUGAUUGAAGGCUCAGCCGAGCUGCUCUACGGCCUGAUACACCAGCGGUUUAUCUGUUCGCGGGCAGGCAUCCAGCAAAUGUCCGAAAAGUACGAGCUGAGCCACUUUGGCGUGUGCCCGCGCACAUAUUGCAACCUGGCCAGAACGCUUCCCGUGGGUCUGUCCGACAUACCAGGUGAGGACACCGUCAAGCUGUUCUGCCCGUCGUGCCUCGACGUCUACGUGCCACCCAACAGCCGCUUCCAGACGGUCGACGGCGCGUUUUUCGGCCGCACCUUUGGCGCCCUGUUCCUGCUCACCUUCCCCGAGUACGACCUCACAAAGAACGGCGUCGAGGCCCUCACCACCGUCUCGUCGCUGUACGCCGGCCAGAGCGGGGGCUCGCCAACCGUCAACGGCAUCUACGCACGCAACACCGCGCCGGGCCUCGGCCACGGCAAGAUUUUCGAACCCAAGAUCUACGGCUUCCGCGUGUCCGAGCGCGCACGGUCCGGCCCACGCAUGCAGUGGCUGCGCAGCAAACCCGACGACAUUGCCGAGCUCGACGAGACACGCCGGCACAACGCGGCAGAGCAGCAACACCACGACGGCGCGGACUCGGACGGUGACGUUGUGCAGGAGAGCGACUCCGACGCGGCCAACGGCGACCGCAGCACAGGCGUGGCAGGAAGUGGCCGGCGACCACCACCGGCAGACGGCGGUACAACACAACUGCAGCUGGCACGAAGCGCAGAUGGCUCAACAGGCCUGCCGUCCGACGCACAGCUGCGGCAACACCAAAAUGGAAGCCCCAUGACAGUGGAUGCCAACGGCGUGGAGUCUGAGCUGUAG